CCCGUGAUGCCCUAGAUAGCGAUGGAUAAAGCUGACGAGGAGCCAAGUAUGGAUAAGGCUAAGGCGCCAACCGAAGAGGACGCCCAGAAGGGCGAAGCGGAGGCCCCUCACGCUAUCCACGAGAAAGAGAGGGAGAUUGCUGACGUAGCUGCUGCCGACGGAUCAAUGGUGUGUCAACCAAACCACGCAUUAAACAAGUCAACGCCUCAUGUGCAUGAUUUCUAUGUGUGUCCAGGCCGCUGAUCUUCUGGUGAGUCCUGACAAGGCUCCUGCCGAGUCGGCAUCAGCAUCAGCUGCCGUAGAGCAUCCCUCAUCGCUCCUCGUGGAGCCACCGGCGGACUCGCACUCUCCCCUGCACCGACCCAAUACCAUGGACGCCCCCUCCCCAUCGCCUCUGCCACAGCUCACGCCUUCACCAGCACCACACGAAACCCAUGAGCCGUCGUCGAGCAUCGCAUCGCCCAACAUUCCAGAGGUGACGCGGUCGAUUAUGACCAGCGAGCGGGCCGAUAGAAGGCUGGAGGGAGAGGGCGGUAUGGGUGUGGGUAUGGGUAUGGGUGUGGGUAUGGACGUGGGUGAUGGUGUUGUUGGUGGAGCCGAUAGUCCUGCGAUAAGGCAUAGUGGCGGUGUGGCGUGGGAGGUUGGCGGGAGAGGCAGGGGCAGGAUGCCGCACCUCUCGUCGAUGGACCGGGAAGAACGGUGAGGCGACAGACACACAGGCACAUACUCAUGGAGGGAAGGCAUGCUGCUGUUCCUUCACUGCUGUCUGUUAUCUGUGUGGGCAGCAAGCGUCCGGAGCCCGUAGAGGAUCUGCCCAACCCUCACCCCCUCCCCCCGCCCUCCAUCCUCUUCCCUCCACACCCCUCCUACCUUACAUCGCCCUCGUCGCCCUUCGACAUAUCGCAGUCACGUGAAGAGUCCAGGCGCCUGCUCGACUCAGCCAACAGCUUCUUGGACUCGUCGGCGCGACAGAGGGAGCGGGGCUUCCCCCUGGGAUCGAUAUCGCCCCCGGCAUGGCAGGUGGAGGAGGGCCGGCGCGACGAGGGCGGCGGUGUGGUCGACAUGGGACCCCCCACGCUGCGUGACGAGGGCGAGUGUCGGUCGCCGUCGAUCGACGCUGACGAGGAGGCGAGGCUCAUGCAGAUGGACUUCCGUGCGAGCCCCGGGCCUGCGCGGCAGGAGGAAGCUGCGCCGGGCAUGGUGGAGCAGAUGCCUGGCCCCCCUGCUGCUGUAGGUGUCGGUGUAGGUGUGCCAGUGCCAUAUGCGGAUGGUGGUGUGCCGCAGCUGGGUGGCGGGGAGGCGACUGCUCGUGUGGAGGGGGAGGGAGAGGGAGAGGGGGAGGAGGGGCCCAGAGCCACAGAGCUGCCGGCACCUGGUGAGAAAGAAACGCAGCAGGUGAUUCUGUCUGUCACGUCUGUCUGUGACGUGUGUGUGCAUGUCAUGUCAUGUCAGUGUCUGUGGGCGGCGUGUCGAGUGAGGGCGGCCCCGGCCCCUCUCUGCAGGACUGGCAGCGACUCAACUCACGACUUAGAGCCAACGGAUUCAAAGUAAGCUCUGACAAACACACGGACUCACACUGCACCAAAAAGAGAAGACUGCUCCCUGCGUGUUGUGUGCUCAGAGCAUCCCAUUGCUCGCGCCGCCCCCCACGCCCCAGCUGGGCCUGUCACCAUCGCCAUCGCCGGCCGUGUCGUUCUCGUCGCCCGAGCGCGGCAACGGCCACUCGAGGGAGGAGGGGGUUUCGGUGGACGUGACGGCCAUGCUGUGGAUCUGGUUCGACGUCAUGCAGGAGCUCGAGAGAAGGUAAGAUGCGGACAGAUGCGGACAGGCAGGCAGGCAACACGAGCCCACACAAAGGCAUGUGCUGAAUGGUGUGUGGUGUGGUGUUUGUGUGGUAGGGGUCGUGUGAUCCAUGACUUGGCGACGUCCGGUGGCCCCCGCCGCGGCGACGCGGCGUCGCUGGCCAUGCUACAGAAGGAAAAACACAGGCUGGAACAACAGGUACCAUCCAUUGGUCAGGCAGGCAGGCGCCUGCACGUGUGUGGUUGUGGUUGUGGUUGGUGUGUCAGGUGCGUCAGCUGCAGGCGGCCUUGUCGUCGAGCGCCAGUAGUGCGUCGAACCCCCUGGCGCUCGAGCAGAGGGCAAGACAGGCAGAGGCGAGGCUCAAGGUGACCAUCUAUCCAUCCACCCAUCCAUCCACCAUACACAACACACGACACAGAUGUGUGUGUGUGUUUGUUGUUAGGUGUUGGAGAAGGAGGCGAGCGACUUGCGUCUCAAAUAUGCGGCAGCCGACCACCAGUCCAAGAGCAAAGAGAAGGACCUCGACAGGGUAACAAAGACACAUACAGUCACAUAACAUGCGACACCAACCCGGGUCUGGCGCCCCCAUCUCUCCCUCUCUGCAUCUGUGUCAGCUUCGUGCUUGUCUGGACAAGUUGGCAGAGGCGGACGAGCGGCGGAAGGAGCGGUGCAAGCAGACCCUGCAGCGGCUCAAGGGCAAGAAGGUCACCAGUGCCAACGACGGGGCCGCGAUUGACAUCAUCAACUACUUUGAGAAAAAGGCACGCGGGCGGCGGCAGGCAUCGAAUCGGGGGAGAGACGCCUGCCUCAUACCUCUUUGUGUCUGUGUCUGUGUGGUGCAGGUGGAGAUACUAGAGGAGGAGAACCAGCUGCAGCAGAGGCAGAUACGCAAUCUUAGCGAGUGAGUAACCACUCUUCCUUCAAGCGCGUAUUUCGCUGCUCCCCUCUAUCGGUUCCAUGUGUGUGUGUGUGGUUGCUUGUUUCGUUUAACGUUCGUGCAGCCAAUACCUGGGUGUGUCGGAGCAGCUGCGCCGCCGGCAGGCUCUCGAGCAGCACUUCCCCCAGCAGCAGACACAGACCCAAGCACAGACACAGACACGGCUCCUCAAAGACCAGCCACAGCCGCAGCCACAGCCACCCACACAACACACCAAACAGGUACACAUCGAUGCAUCCUCCACUCUCACACCGUGUAUGUGUUUUUGUGUGUGGGGGGCGUUCUGGUAUGUGUCGCUAUAUCGCAGCCCCCUGCACCCUCACCCUCACCUCCGCCCCCUCCGCGUGUGUAUGACCGCUCCAUCGAGCGGGAGACGUCUCGACUGCGUGAAGCAAUGGAGCGCCAGAUCGGUGACAUGAAGCGCGAGCAUGAGGCCGAGGUCAAGGGCCUCAUGAAGAAAGUUCGACAGGUCGGGUCGGUGGGCGGGUCGGUGUGGGGUGAAUGGAUGGAUUGAUGGAUGGAUUGAUGGAUGGAUGGACGUCCUGUGCUUGGCGUGUAUGUGUGCAGCUGGAGGACAGUUUGGGCAACGCCGAGUAUGAGGUCAAGAACCUGCCCACACACAGGGAGGUCCAGACGCUCAAGAACGAGAUACUCAAACUCAAAGUGAGUGACUGACCAACCACACACAACACGCUGAUAUAUAUAUUGCAUCUCUCCGCUGCCAUUGCAAUGGUUAGGAUGAGGUGAAUCCGAGAAAGCGCGCCGACUGGCGUCACUCAGACCCCCGCACCCUCAUCCGGCGCGACCGUCAGCUGCAUCAGCUGGGGCUCAACCAGCUGAACGACAUGCCACGAAAUGACGCCAUCGAGCUCGUCAAGGUAAGAUGGGGAGGGUGGGUGGGUGGGUGCGUAUACACGGGGCGCGCCGUCGUCCACCUCGGCAACGCAUAGCACACGAGACUGUGACUGUCUCUUGUUUGUGUGCUGUCUGUGUGCAGGAGAGCUGCCGAUUGAUGAGUGUGUCUGACCCCCAGUCGCUGCCGUCGGCCAUCUCAGAGGCGCAGAAACUCAAAGAAGAGAACCGGACGCUGGAGCAGUUUGCUAAGGUGGGGAACAUGACACGAUCACGCCCAGACAGACAGAUAGACAGUCACGCUCACACGGCUUCCUCGCAUGUGUGUGUGUGUGUGUGGUGUUGUUUGCUCCAGUCUGUGUCAGGGAUUCUCCUAGGCGACUUCGCGAAGAAGGACCUCGGCCGCGCACAAGACGCCCUGCUGUCAUGGCGGUCACAGAUCAGACGGGUCAGUAAAUUAAGCGGCUGACUGACUGACCCGCCACAAAACACAUGACUGUCUGUUUGUCCGUGUGUCUGUCUGUCUGUCUGCAUGUCUGUCUGAUCUGUACAAACACACAGCUCAAGGACUACACCAACUUCCACCUGGCCAUCGAGUCGAUCAUCCGCAGCCGCCCUCUGGCCCCGCCGCCCGCCACGGCUCUCCCCCAUGGGCGUGAGGACCAGCCGCAGUACUCUUUGGUGGAGCUCAUGGCCAUUAUUGAGGAAAUGGUCAAGGCGGAAGAGGCCGACAGACGGCAUGAGGUGGGUCUGAUGGAUGGAUGGGAUCCGUCGGCGGAGAGAGAGAGGGGUGUCUCGUGUGUGGUGUGUGUGUGGGUGGUCAGGCCGCUGUGAUGUCCGCUGCUGUGGCCGAGCAGCCCUUAUCGUCGUCGUCGGCUGCCGGUGGAGCUGGUGCUGGUGGUGGCAGUGUGUCUGAUGCGGUGAAUCAGCAGGUAGUGCGGCGACUGAUGACGCUGUUUGAGGUGCGCGACGUGGCGGGGUGCAUCGCUCUACUCGAGAGGCUCUACUCUAACGUAAGUAGCAGCAGCAGCAGCAGCAAAAUGCCUUCAGCACGCUCAUGCACACAGCGGAUGGAUGUGUGUGUGUGUGUGGGUGGGUGGUGUGUGGGUGGGAUCAGCGGUUCGAGCAGCAGCAUUUCUGGCGGGCCGUCUGCACGCACCUCGGCCUCGACCCACAGAAGACCACCGCAUACCACGUACGCAACGACGGCCGACACGAGCCACUGUCCCCACUGUCCCUCCCUCCCUCCCUCCCUCUCUGUCUUCUUCAGUGCCAGGAGCGGCUGGCCGCCGCGCUCAAGGCCACCCACGUGCCGUCCGUGGCACUCAUGCGCAACACCAUCCCCAGCCCCACCGCCACCCACCCCCACACAGACACAGAGCCACCCAGAUGGCCGUCUGACGAGAGGGAGAGGGAGAGGGGCGUGACGCCGCGGGAGGCUAUAGGCAUCACUAGACGGAUCAUGGACAGGUCCGUUGGGUGUUUGGGUGCGUGGGUGGGUCACCGGUGGGUGGGUGGAUGUCUGAUCUGAAUGUGUGUGUCUGGUGUGUCAGUUUGGGAGUUUCGCGUACGGAGGAGGUGCCGGUGGAGAUCGACAGACUGCGUCGGCUGGCGGAGGACAACAUCGUGGACGGAAAGGUGGUGGCGGACCUGCAGGCACUCCUGCGACUGCAGUCGGUGUCGGACAUCCUGCCAACCGUCCAAAGGUCAGUCUGUGGCACCACACACAUCCUCACGCACAUCGUCAGAUUGAUGGGAGGACGGUGCGUGUGUGUGUGUUGUGUGGUUUGUGUGUGGUCAGCCUACUGGAGAGGCUGCGUGCCCGUAUUGGCGGGAUUGGCGGUGGUGGUACUGAUGUGGUGGAGCGGCCCUCUCCGAGCCCAUACGGCCCAUCGUCCUCGUUCCCAUGACUACCAUGACGACCCCACGGGCUCACACAGAGGGUUGGGUGCGGCACGGUGCGUGGUUGUUGUCCGGCUGUCUGCUAGUGUAUGGCCUGGAUGGUGUGUAUGCGUGUAUGCUUAAAGGGAGGUGGUGGAAGGGAUGAAGGGAGCUUUGAAAGGCAUGGUGCUCGCCUCGCUCGGGAAAUGUAUCUGUCUGUCUGUCUGUCC